GAUAGAGAUACGCACAAAACUGACGAUGAAUCUCGCUUUUGGUUGCAAAAUAGGCUUCUCUGCAUGUGGCUUUAAGGUUCGAUAAUGGCAGCUUUCUGCUACCUUUGCAUCGCGCGACUAUCAGCACAGGUCUUGACCCGUGGCGAUGCUUCUUCUACUCGGACCAGGCCUCGCAUGCAAGUCACUACAGCCUCCAUCCAUCGACUGCCAAUAGCCUCGUCACAUGGGUACUGCAUGGAAUGAGUAUAAUAGGAUGGACGCAGGAUGUGGGACGGCUGUCAAAGACCCUCCAUACCGCCAGAGAAGCCCGCUCUCCACUUGCUAUUUCAUCUGCGAUGAAUACCGAUAAUACCCCAGAGAACGUGUACGCCCGCGAACUUGGCAAACGUGGCCAGGGAUAUCCCCUUUGGGUGCCUGAACCCCAGGAUGUUGGUGAAGUGGAAAUCGGAGACGUCGGAUAUAUCCGGAGAGGAGGAUUCUAUCGUUUAUUCAGAGCAACUGAAGAUGGUACAGACGAUUCGAACAGAACGCACGGCGUACCGGAGAAAUUCGAGAAGUUCUCUAUCGGCAAUCUGGCGCCAAAACGGCUGGAUAAUGUCAUCCCUAAAGGUCUCUUGGGCAGUCAAAGUGUCAAGCAUCUAGCGAUUGACGGUCAGGUUACAGCCGCUGAACUCGUUUUCAAAUGCGAGGUUACCGACGAUCAGGGUGCUUUUCUCGCACUCGGGUCACCCGCCACUCGGCAGGAACUACGUCAAAUUCGGACAAUGAAGACGCACAUGGGCCGUCAUGUUCGCAAUUGGUAUACAUUCGCUUGUGAAAUGGGCCUCGAAAUAGCUGAGGAAGAUAUCAUAUUUGUCCGCGGAUGGGUGAAGACAACAGGGUGGGUGGUGGCUGCCUUCACUCAGCGAGGAAAAGGCGCACAGAUCAGUAUCAGCGCCGACUGCGGGGCUGUAGCUAGUGGUCAUCUGCGUUUCGAGGCCACUCAUAAAUCCAGCCCGACAUACGACUACCGUUCUGGUCCAGAGAGCCAGAAAACACUCAAUAAUCAAAAGAACCGCGGUGGCGGGAAGCAGGGGAACUCAAAGGGUAAAGGUCGCGCCAGACACCAAGAGAGUAAUUUGGCACAGCCCGAGACGAACCAAGCUUUAGCCAUGAAUCAAUGCGUAUUCUUGCACUAUCUCAAGCUCAAGAGGCGAUUCCUCGGUAUGAAGUUCAUGGAGGCUAUGGCUGAACCGCGAGAUCCAUCGUUUGAAGGGGAUGAUCACCAUUUCGAACAGGUGCCGGCGCCGGUGAAGCGCUACGACCCUGUGGACUAUCUCCUUGAUUACAUUCUCGAAGUAUGCCGAAUGGAACUGCUCGCCUUCAUGCUAAUGACUAAACAUUUUAUAGAACUCUUCUGCUGAAGUUGCAGUAGCCAGUGACGGAGAGCUCGUCGAUUUAUGCAAGAGUGUGUAUCCUAACGAUUCCGAGCUUGUCAUUCCCGAUGAUAUCUCCGCCUUUCUC